AUGUGUGACGACGAAGAGACAACGGCCCUGGUGUGCGACAACGGCUCAGGGCUGGUCAAGGCGGGCUUUGCCGGCGACGAUGCCCCCCGGGCCGUGUUCCCCUCCAUCGUCGGACGCCCGAGACACCAGGGCGUCAUGGUGGGCAUGGGCCAGAAGGACUCCUACGUGGGAGACGAGGCCCAGAGCAAGAGAGGCAUCCUGACCCUCAAGUACCCCAUCGAGCACGGCAUCAUCACCAACUGGGAUGACAUGGAGAAGAUCUGGCACCACACCUUCUACAACGAGCUGCGUGUGGCCCCUGAGGAACACCCCACCCUGCUGACAGAGGCCCCCCUCAACCCCAAGGCCAACCGGGAGAAAAUGACCCAGAUCAUGUUUGAAACCUUCAACGUGCCCGCCAUGUACGUGGCCAUCCAGGCUGUGCUGUCCCUCUACGCCUCUGGCCGCACCACCGGCAUCGUGCUGGAUUCUGGGGACGGCGUCACCCACAACGUGCCCAUCUACGAGGGCUAUGCCUUGCCCCACGCCAUCCAGCGCUUGGACCUGGCUGGGCGUGACCUCACAGACUACCUGAUGAAGAUCCUAACUGAACGUGGCUAUUCCUUUGUCACUACAGCUGAGCGGGAGAUUGUGCGCGACAUCAAGGAGAAGCUGGGCUACGUGGCUCUGGACUUUGAGAACGAGAUGGCCACAGCGGCUUCCUCUUCCUCCCUGGAGAAGAGCUAUGAGCUCCCUGACGGGCAGGUCAUCACCAUUGGCAACGAGCGUUUCCGGUGCCCAGAGACCCUCUUCCAACCCUCUUUCAUUGGCAUGGAAUCCGCAGGCAUCCAUGAGACCACCUACAACUCUAUCAUGAAGUGCGACAUUGACAUCCGCAAGGACCUGUAUGCCAACAACGUCCUCUCUGGUGGCACCACCAUGUAUCCCGGCAUCGCCGACCGGAUGCAGAAGGAAAUCACAGCCUUGGCACCCAGCACCAUGAAGAUCAAGAUCAUUGCUCCUCCUGAACGGAAGUACUCCGUGUGGAUCGGUGGCUCCAUCUUGGCCUCCCUCUCCACUUUCCAGCAGAUGUGGAUCAGCAAGCAAGAGUACGAUGAAGCAGGGCCCUCCAUUGUCCACCGGAAGUGCUUCUAGACCCACCAGCUCGUGCCUUUCCUCUGCGUCUCAUUUCAUGCUCCGGCUACCAUCUUCCCCCACCCCAGAUAUGCCACUUAUGCUACUGCUCAUGACACAGAAGGUGCUCCUCCUCUGCUUUAGAGAAACCCAAUGUGAGGAAGCUGACUCCCGAGCAGAAUGAAGAUCUGCAGAAACACUUCUGUUCCUCAGGGUCUUGCUUCCACGGCAAGGCUGUGAUCUCCACAUACUCCAGCCUUGCGAGGUUCUUUUAUUUUGAGGGUCCUUUCAAAAGCUGGAGUUUUGUAUUGGUUGAAGAACUAUUUCUCCCCACAUCUCUUCCCUUCACAAAGCCUUAAAUAAAUACAAACA